CAACACGACAGAGCGCCGGUCUGUCACGGAGGAGCUGACCAAGAUGGCGGCGUCCAAGGUGAAGCAGGACAUGCCUCCGCCGGGCGGUUAUGGCCCCUUCGAUUAUAAGCGGAACCUGCCUAAACGGGGCCUGUCUGGUUACAGCAUGUUUGGAAUUGGCAUUGGUUUCCUUCUCUUUGGCUACUGGAGAAUGUUUAAAUGGAAUAGAGAGAGAAGGCGACUUCAAAUGGAAGAACUUGAGGCCCGCAUAGCAUUGCUUCCUCUGUUGCAAGCAGAAUCUGAUCGCAGAACACUUAGAAUGCUGCGAGAAAACCUUGAGGAAGAGGCAAAUAUUAUGAAGGAUGUUCCUAACUGGAAGGUUGGUGAGAAUGUCUUUCACACAGGUCGCUGGGUCACUCCCCUUAAUGAUGAGCUGUUCAACCUGCGACCGAAGGAAGAGCUGCUGCACAAAAAAUAUGGCUUUCAGUGGUAUGUGUAGAGCAAUGUGCUGCCACUACCAGAAAUCCUCCUUGCCCAGUGUUUUCCUCCAUCCUUCUCUGUUUGACGAUUCAUUAAAUGUUCUAUUAAAGCUGUUCCCACAUAA